AUGAAACCUUUGAACGAACUCCGAGAAUCCCUCCCCUUGCCUUCUGGAAUAUCUGUCAGUGAGUCAAAUCCUCGAAACAACAAUGUGAUCAUCCCAAACGACAUUUCAAGCAAUGGUCAACGCCGGCCCUCCCACAAGAAACCAGAAAAAACUGAGAACAACGCACAGAUGGAUCUCAUUGAAUUCUCCAAUACUGAAUGUAUGGACAUCGGAAAUCUCGUGGUCGGCAAGGAUAUUCCCCCAACUUCUUUCACCACUGCAAUUGGCAAGAAAAGAUAUGGUGUUGAUGUGUUUAUCAAGGAAAGGGGACGCGAAGAGCGUAUUUGCCAGCUUGAAAAAUCCCUGAGUCAGGUUCUGCAGGAAGUCGGCCACUUAAGUGCUGACAUACUUGAAUACAAGAUGAAAUUUGAAGAUCAAGAAAACAAGAUUCAAUUGAUUGAAGAAUCUAAUGGGCGCCUAGAGAAAAACGUACGGUCUACGGGGACACUUGAUUCAAAAGUAGCUCAUCUAGAAACUCAAGUUGGCAAUUUGUGCCAGGAAGUAGCCAUUGAUCAUGACGAGAUCAUCACUCAUGGAGAGAUACUCGAGCGAUUGAUGCAGUCAGACGAGGAAGAGGAUGAAACUUCAAACCUAUAA